GUGCCUGGGCCGGGGGUCCGCCCGCGGGGCCGCUAGAGGUUGCGGUGCCCGGUGCGUCACCCCCGGGGAGGUGGCCGGCGCCCCCCGCCAUGGCGGCGCAGCCCCCGCUCGGGCCGCGGAAGCGGAGCGGCCCGGCGCUGUGCGGGGCGGGCUGGGGCGCGGCUCCCGCUCCGUCCCGCGGCGGGGCCCUGCAGAACGGCUUCCCGCCCCACAAGCGCCCCAAGAGCUCGGGGGCGGCUGGGCCCGACGAGGGGCCGGGGGACCCCUUCGGGGACAACGACGACUUCACGGCGGACGACCUGGAGGAGAUCGACAUCCUGGCUUCGCAGGCGCUGUCGCAGGAGGCUGCCGGCGCCGCCGCGCCCCGGGCGGGCUUCCCGAACCACGCGUGGGGCGCCUUCGGACCGAGCGGCGCCGAGCGGCAGGCGGGGCCGCCCCGCGGCAGCGACCCCGCUGCGGGGAGGAAGCCGAAAGGAAGCAGUACAGAAGAUAGUCUGAUGCGAGAUGCAUUCCAGUUUGAAGUACUGCAAACACAGCAUGAAGAAAUUAAACAGAAGCUGAAAAAAAUGCAGGAUGAAAUUCUUACUAAAAAUGGAGAAAUUAAAAUUUUGCGUGACUCAAUGCAGCAGAUGGAGUAUGCUAUGGAGGAACAGAAAAGAUCAUACAUGCUGUUGGAACAGCAAAAAUCUCAGACCUUAAGUGAAAAAGAAAAAGAGUUCUCCAAAAAGUUGCAGUCAUUACAGUCAGAGUUGCAGUUCAAAGAUGCAGAAAUGAAUGAAUUAAGAACGCGACUUCAGAACUGUGAAAGAAAUAAACACGUUACUCAGACGGUUUUAACGCCAAGUCCUAAAAAGAAUUUUGCAAUACAAAUGAAAUCAGAAGGAUGUUCUCCACAGCCUGGAAAACGAUCUUUUCCUACAAAGGAAUCCUUCAACGCUGAAACGUCCACUAAACCAUCGUGUUCUUCAGGAAAUCUGAUUGCCCCGACUACUUCAGUCAAAGAAGACAGUAAGAUAACCCAUCCUGAAGCUUUAUCCGUGAAGCGUGAAGCAAUGGGAAAAAAUGGUUCCUACAACUCUGCACAUAAACGAAACACACAAGGUUCUAUCUUACUAAACGCACUGAUGAAGCAGCCCAUUGUCCCUGGGUCAGUACUAGGGCUCUGCCAUCUUCUUAGCAGUAACUCUGAGCCGAUACCUGGAGCUGUACUGCAGCCUAACUAUUUGGAUACGAAGUCCACACAACUACCCAGCAGCAGGACAACUCAAGAAGAAAUCGCUCCUCUUGUAUCCCUGCGAGAAGCUCAAAAACUUGCAAUAACAGGCUUGAACUUGAUUGCUAUGGAUGAAGGAUUACCUGAAGGAAGCCCAACGGAAAGCCGGAGAGAGUUCUUGCACCUCACACGCUGCAAGAUCCGAGGCGCCGUGCAUCUCUUGCCCUUGGUAGAACACCAUAUUGGUACAUACUGUCAAGCGGUACAAUUGGCGGACAAGUCUGUAAAUGGUUCUUGUGGAAAUCAUUCAGCUGUUUCUUCCGGAACCAACACAAAUAUGGUGUCAAGUAAGGAGGACUUCAGGUUGUCUCUUGAAGAAACUACAGUUAUAUCACUGGGUAUUCUUUACUAUUUGGCGUUUUAUAGCUGGGAUGUUGUCCACACAUUACUGUCUACUGAAGUGGAAAAAAGUCCUGCUGUUGGAGAUGAACAGAUUUCCAAGAUGGACAAAAAUGUGUUGUGUGAUAAUCAGUGUGGUAAUAAAGAAGAUACGAGGACACAAGAAGGGCUGCCUGUAGCUCCACAGGAUGCUCCCAAUAACGAUCGAGCUCAACAUUCUUUGUUUAAAAAGCUGCUUCAGGUUUUAGCUUUUUCUGCUGCAAGAGGCUCCCAGACUAAUAGUAUACUGAACCAAAGCCUAAAAGUUUUGGUGAAAUUAGCUGAAAAUUCAACAAUGGACUUGCUAAUAAAUUUUCAGCACUUGCUGAGUAGCCAGAUACUGCUGGGCUGUCUGUGUGCAGAGACCCCUUCGCCUGCUGUCCUUUUGACCGUGAGACUGUUAUCUAUUCUUGCUCAACACCACAUGUUGGUUGCUCAACUUUGUUCUCAUUCAGACACCUGCCUUCUUCUUGCACUGUACAUGUAUAUUACAUCAAGACCAGAUAAAUCAGCAUCUGAAAUGCUUUGGCUUCAGCUGGAACAAGAGACAGUCAGACUCCUGACAAGGUGUAUGCGGUGUUCCAGUCCAUCGGUUUUAUUACCUGGUACAAACUGCCAAUGUAACCUUGAGGUGGUUAAAGCCCUAAUUAUAAUGUUACAUAGACAGUGGAUAAAGAUAAGAAGAUCUGAGAACAGCUUUUGUGCAUAUAAGGAACAAAUUAUUCAGUUUUUACGGGAUGCUGUUUUACUCCUACACAGCCUAUCUCAGAAAGAUAAACUGUUUCAUGAACACUGUUUGGAAGUUCUCCAUCAAUAUGACCAAGCCAUGCCAGGCAUAAGAGCCAUUCUAAAGAAGACUCAAAAAUUGAGUGCCUGUGAAGAGCUGAUUUUGGAUGAAUUGUAUCCUCCUGAGCCAGAAGCAGAAGACCAAGGAAUGGACUCCAGCUAGCUAACAUCUGGCAAAGAUCUCUGUCCUUCCUCAUCUAAAUCAUAAUAAUCAUUGCCAGUGUAAAUCUGAAAUUUAAAUAAUCUGUUUUAUUAAGUUAUAAUCUAAAAAUUGCACUCAAAUGCAGCACAACUAAGACACAUUUCUUUGUUGUGAUUAUUUAAGUGCCAUCUAAAUAUAGCUGAAAGCAAAGAAAUGUUGAUGUAAGAAUUAUACUGCAAUGUCCUGUUUUGCUGUGCAAAACAAUGCAGUGGCUUAUGAUUGGUUCUGUUUAUGAAUUUCAUCCUUUAUGAAAUUGCUGUGAAUGGAAAUUUCAAUAUUGUGUUCUCUGUUUCACUGUGACUACAGCUGAAUUUAUGAUGCUGAAUGCGCUGAGAUACGUUUGGGAUCACUGAGUUCAUAUGAAUGUCUUUUGAACAUAUUUGUUUCUUUUGCAGCUGUAACACUUUCUUGCUUGACUUCCAAAAUUUUCAUGUUGAUAUUAGUAAACAGUUUACUGUGAUUUUAAGAACCUUUCUAGAAAUAACUUACAGGUAGCAGUUCAGUUCAAAGCUCUGUAAUGAUCACCUGAGUUCACUCAUGUUUCUCAAUUUCAUGAAUCUGCUCAAAGUGUAACUAUUGACAUGCAAAACCAAAAAAUACUAGAACUUCUUUUUUAGAAAAAGUUACCUUAGAGUAAGAUGGUAGAGGAGAGCAUUCUGUCUUACUAGGUGAGGGGAGGAUAUUUAAAUGUGUACAGAAUGACCAUUUAUUUGGUUGUAGUAUCUGAAGGUGAAUGAGCGUCUCAUUCUUAGGAUACAGCAUUGAAGAUGGGAGGAAGACCUGUUGCUAUACCCUUUCAAGUAUGAUUAUCAACUGUCAUAAUCAGCUGCAGGUAUCAGCUGAACCUUACACCCUAAAAAGCAAAGUGUGAGUGCUACUAAAAUGAGCCUACAGGUUUGUGUUUUUAAAUAAUUUGGAAAGCUUCUUUCAUUUUUUUUUGACAGAUACUUGAUUCAGAACAAGCCUGGCUCCUGGGACCAGGAGGACGAGACACAGUACUACAGUGGGAAGGAAGCCCUUGGAAAAUUGGGAAACAUGCAGUUCUCUGGUCAUAACCUAAAGAGGCUGUGUCCUGCCCUGGUGUGCCUGGGCAAAGAGCCCACUCCAAGUGUGCUGAACAAGUUAUUGACUUGGCUUUUGCUUUUGAAGAGAACUUUCCCAGAAACCGCUAUGCAGUAAUAGCCAAUGUAAUAAUUUCCCUAGGGCCAAAGCUCCUAGGUACAAAGCUUCACUCCUUCCCACAACACAGCCUACAGCUAAGCUUCCUCUCUUUGCCAGCUGUUGCUCAGAGCUCCACCAGGCAUGGCCUCUUCAUUUCUGUAAAGCACAAGCUGCCAACCAUUCCUCUCAGUAACAGGUUGCAAGUCCCUUGUAGCAUCUGGAGAACUGCCAUUUUCCUGCUUAAAUGCAGCAAGGAAGGAUGCACAGGCACAUUAACUGCAAAGCCUUCUUCCAUGGUAACUACCCUAGAACUGCCACCAGGGUGCAGGAGUUUUAGCGUGACAAAACCAUUUGACUUUUUCACUUUAAAAUAAAAAACCCCAAAAAGCCUGCCAAAAACCCAAACCAAGACAGCACUUCCUGGCCUAUAGUAUUAGAGAGAAGAGCUUGAGAGUGUCAGGUAAAAGGUCCUUCCUUACUCAAAGCCAAAAUAAACAUUAAGAUAAUUCUUUAAGAACAACCCCAAAUGCAGUAUCUGGCAGCUAGCCUGCUAUGAGUGGCAAACAGAGCUGUCUUAACAGGUGAUAGUCACAACUAACCCAAAAUGCAGUGACCUACUAUCACUUUUCAACUGCUCUAUGCUGUUCUCACCACCUAAUUUCUCUAAACAUAAUUUAUAGAAACAUAGUUUAUACAGAUAAGAUGCAUUUAAACCCCUUCGUUGGGUAAACAGACCAAAUGAACUGUUAAGAGGACAAAAACCAGUUAAGAAAUCACAAGUUGUUGAAGCAAUCCAAAGUUUUAAGAACUGGUUUAAAAAAUUCCUGGCCUCAGCUAAAGGGUGCAUGUAUUGCAGCGUGGUAAAAGGGAGAAGUGUAUUGCUCCUAAGUUUUACAUAAAACAGAAGUGUUCUGUGGAAAAAAAUGCUAGUAACACACCCCUAACUCCUCCUGGCACUGCAUCCCCUCCCAUCCACCUACUCUAACAGACAAAACCCUAACCUGUACCUCAACACUCUGGUUUCUUCCAACUUUUGACUUUGUCUAUAGCCUGGGCUCUACCACUUUAAGCAAACCCAAAGCCCUACACCUUCACCAGUAGAAAUGAUAGUAACAUCAUGGUAUUAUGAAAUUAAACUGUAGCUUUUAAAAAUGAAGGCAUUUUUUGUAACUGAAAAGCUCACACUCUUAAGGAAAAAUGAGGCUGCACUCCUAAAGGGAAGAGGCAGACAUAGGUAUACUUACAGAACUGGCAUAAUUCAUUGUCAUUUACAGCAACCAAUCUUUUGUCAGGAUUACUGCCAGACUGUACUGAACUUCAGUAACUCAUCCCAUUUUACAUUCUCUUGGAAUUAAAGAGAUCCAAUCAUGUAUGCAACAGCUGAUCAUCCCCUGAAAAAACCUGAAGCAUUUUUACAGAUUACAGCGCUACUGGUUUACUAUCUUCAUGACCAAAGAAUAACAGAAGUCAGGCUGUUCUCAUCAGACACGCCCUGAAGAAUUCACAGCAUAGCAGCUCUUUUUUCAAGGCCAGUUCGCAUUUUCCCAACGUGCUAUAGAUAAGCUGUGCCUCUAUUAACUGAGAAAAGGAGUUUACUCUGGCAUCAAGCACAAUCACAGGACUGAAUAAUGAAGUAUUGAGCAACAACAAACCCCACUAGUCAUGUUCCAUACGUGAUUAUCGCAUUCCUCAGUCAGCAGCCGCCACCACCCAUCUGUUUUCUUGCCCACGGGGACGGCAACUAGAGCUUCCCCUUUGCUGAAAGCUGAGCUAACUAUAGCUGCCUUUUUCCUCCUCGAUGAGCUGUGCAGAGCUGACAGGACUAAAGCUAUGCAGGAGCUGGAUGAAAAAAGCGAUCGCCUCUACUAGCUUACUCAUUACUCAGGCAACUUUAUGCAAAAAAGGAGGAUGAUAGCCUGGCUGACUUGUAUUUUAAGAUCUACUGACACCACCCCUUGAACAGUCGCAGCGCAGGAGGAGGCAUUGCAUUGCUAAGCAUCUUCCUGUGGUGAUUCAAGGACCUGAGGUACUGCAGGGAUUCAAAACACAGAGCAGUUUAUUUCUACUAAAGCUGUGUACAGAGAUAAAGUAAAUUCCAGCCCCCAUCAAAGCAAACUUCCACAGACAAACAACUGGUUUGUGUCAUGUCAGGCCUCAAAAUACAUUUUUAUAAAUCAAGCCAUAAUAGGUGAAGAUGGCAAAUACAAAAUACCUCAUCAUGUAGCACGCAACAUCUGAGCUCAUUUUAUUCAUAUUAAUCCCACUAGUGUGAACUACUGCUUAAGAAAGUUUAGCCUGUGCUAGACUAUUAGAACACUGCAUUAUUUUAACCACUGAAUAAUGUUUUUAUGUUACAGUCAGUAAUAUUAAUUACUUACGGUUCUGUUAAGGUCAAAUGCAGCAGUUCCCAUCUGCCUGUGUAAAGAUUGUAUUAUCUGCUGUGAAUGUAAUAGCAAAUGCAAACUUAGAUUUACAGUGUAAAUUGUUAAAA